AUGAAUUGUGCGGAAAAUAGUGAAAACGAAAGAACUGCACUAAUGGAUGGCCAUGUGAGUGAAUCACAGAUGGUGAGAACGGCGGAUCGCAGUGAAGAGCAGGAGCGGAAGAGCAAGAAGAGGCGGAAUACUCGGGAAAAUCGACCAAAUUACGGAACAACCAGCACAACUCCAGCCGUGGCCCUGACAACCGGGGAGAGCUCUCAGCACACCACUGAUGGCCCCAGCAAUCCUCCUGAGGGCGGCGGAGCUGAGAAUCCAGAGGCGUCUUGGGAGGAGGAGGAGGGACUCAAGUACGGAGCUCAGCAUGUUAUCAAGCUCUUCGUUCCAGUGUCACUGUGCAUGCUGGUCGUUGUGGCCACAAUAAGUUCCGUCAAUUUCUACUCCACUAAGGAUUACUACCUGGUUUACACUCCAUUCCACGAAACAUCCCCGGACGCGGGAACGAAGAUAUUAGAUGCUUUGGCAAACUCUCUUAUUCUAAUGACGCUCAUUGUCGUCAUGACCAUCUUGCUGAUCAUCUUGUACAAGAAGAGAUGCUACAAAAUUAUCAACGCAUGGUUGAUUCUCUCAUCUUUCCUGCUCCUCUUCAUCUUCAGUUACCUUUACUUGGAGGAAGUGCUAAGGGCUUACAACAUCCCAAUGGAUUAUCCAACAGCCAUCCUGAUAAUGUGGAACUUCGGCGUGGUGGGAAUGAUGUCAAUUCACUGGCUGGGUCCGUUGAGGCUUCAGCAAGCCUAUUUGAUCUUCGUGGCCGCCCUGAUGGCUCUGGUGUUCAUCAAAUACCUGCCAGAGUGGACAACGUGGGUGGUUCUGGCUGUGAUCUCCAUUUGGGAUCUCAUCGCUGUGCUCUCGCCCAAAGGACCACUGCGGAUUCUCGUGGAGACGGCACAGGAGAGGAAUGAACAGAUAUUCCCCGCUCUCAUCUACUCCUCUACUUUCAUAUACUCCUACAUGGGAGCCGAUCAGGAUGCACCUCAGGCGCCAAUGAGACGUCGAAAUGUGAGUCCCAGAAGGCAGGGCACAUCAAGUAGUCCUCCAGAAGGUGCUGCGCCGAACAAUGAGGACUCUGAAAGUGGCUUCACCAAAGAGUGGGCCUCAACCACCAAUGAGCGUUCAGCUCGUCGUCAGCUAGAAGUCCAGGCAAAUGUGUCCAACAAUCUGAAUCGUUCCACUGAGUAUCGCACGGUGACAACAGAAGAGAAUCCGCCCAAUUAUGAGCUGCCAGAGGAGAGGGGAAUCAAGUUGGGCUUGGGUGACUUCAUCUUCUACUCCGUCCUUGUGGGCAAGGCAUCCAGCUAUGGCGAUUGGAACACCACCAUAGCUUGCUUCGUGGCCAUCCUCAUUGGUCUCUGUCUCACUCUUCUCUUGUUGGCCAUCUGCCGAAAGGCUCUGCCCGCACUGCCAAUCUCCAUAACAUUUGGCUUGAUCUUCUGCUUCGCGACCAGUGCCGUUGUGAAGCCAUUCACUGAGAGCUUGGCAUCCGAACAGGUAUUCAUCUAGAUUUUAAGUUCACGUCUAUUUAUGCUGAAUUUUACUUCCAAAACCUAACAAUAAAUAUUUCC